AUGGCAACGCAAAAUACACUGACUAAAGAAGCUACAAUAACGCAACUAUUUGGGGAUGUCGAAAGAUUUGUAAACCAAGGGGAUUACUCGAAAGCAUUUAAGCCCAUUGAUAAAAUUCUUCAACUAAAUCCGAAUGAUUACGAGGCGCUCCAGUGCAAAGCAAUUACGUACAUUCGACUUGAAAAAUAUCAAAAUGCCUUAGACGUCCUUAAUAAAAAUUUUCCUAGUGAUAAGUUUAUACUAGAAAGAGCUUACUGCCUUUACAGACUAAAUCAGUUUUCUGAAGUGACGGAAUUCCUACGCAAAUGUCGGGUUGAUGGACAUAGCAAUCUAGGGACACGAUACUUAGAGGCCCAAGUGGCAUACAAAGUUGAAGAUUACAAUACUGCUCUUGAAAUUUAUUACGGAUUACUUCAAGAAACAGACAAGAAUGAUGACACAUAUAAUGAUAUUUUGACAAACUUUAAUGCUGCUAAAGCAGCUUUGCUGUUUUCCGGAAAUAAUAUAUCAGAAAAGUAUGUAAUGGUGGAUUCUCUCAGCACUUACGAAUUGGCCUACAACUCUGCUUGUGUACACAUCGGUCAGAGAAACUUGAAAAAGGCUGAAAAAAUGUUGCUGACUGCUAGAAGAAUAUGCAAAGAAUCACUUUUUGAAGAAGAUUAUAGUGAGCAAGAAAUUGAACAAGAAUUAGGUACUAUCAAUGUGCAACUGGCUUACGUCCUUCAACUUCAAGGCCAAAUUUCUGAAGCAAUUGAUAUUUACCAGUCUGUGCUCAAAUCAAAGGGUGUUGAUAUGACUGUGUCAGCGAUUGCGUCUAAUAACCUUGUUGCGGCUAAAAAGGAUACCGAACUGUUUGAUUCGGUUCGCAAAAUAAAAGUCGCUAGUGCUAAUACAUUGGAAAAUAAAUUGUUCAGAAGUCAGCGUCGUAUAAUUGCUAUGAAUGAAGCAUUAUUAUCAUUGUACAUGCAUAAGGAAGCAGUUCGUAAGAUGCUACAAGUUUAUCCUGAAAACGAUGAUCUGUACCUCAUAUUAGCAUCGACGUCCUAUCACCAAAAAAAGAACGCUAAAGCUAUUCAAGAUUUGCUAGAAUUUGCUAAAUCAAAACCCCAUUCAUUAUCUAUCAAUUUUGCUCUCAUGCAACUACAGAUUUUGCAAUCUAAUCCUUUAGCUGCAUUGGAAACUUUUGAAACUCAUUUAUCCUCAAUUAAUGAUGAGAAAGAGAAAUAUAAACCUGGAUAUGUGGGAUUGUUGGUGUGGUUAUAUGAACAAGCCGGAAAACAAGAAAAGGCAGUAAAAGCGUUAGAAAAAGCUGGUGCAUUUUGGAAGCGAGGAGUUACGUCCGAUGGAAGCACUUCCAUUCUUAAGCAGACAGCAGCAUUCAAACUUAAGAUAGGACGAUAUCGUGAAGCAGCACAGGAUUAUGAACAAAUUGUCAAGAGCGAUCCUCUGGAUUCUCAAGCACUGGCAGGUCUUGUUGCUGCAUAUUCACAAUACGAUAUUUCUCUUGCUGAAAAAUACGAGAGUUCUUUGUUAGAUAUUGGUACGCCAAUGGAUAUUGAUGUGGAAUCCCUGGAAAAGGUUGUACCAGGAGUAAAGAAAAGUUAUAUAAAAAAGACGGAUACUAAGACCAGUGAAGGUCCGACAAAGAGAACACCUCGGAAGAAAAAACGAAAGCCUUUGCUUCCAAAAAAUCAUGACCCCAGUGUUUCACCAGACCCAGAGCGAUGGCUUCCAAAACGCGAGAGGUCCACCUAUAAAGUGAAAGGUAAGAGAAAACAACAAUUAUCAAAAGGAUCUCAAGGUAUAGCAAUUGCUGGUGGAGGUACAGGAGGUACAGGAAGUGCCAAUAUUUUUGGACGGAGUGCCAGCAACCUUUUACCACCCGAAACCGUUGUCACUUCGUCGACUGCUCAACAAGAACAGCCUUUGCAAAAGCCGAAGAGUGGCGGUGGUGAUAAGAACAAAAAGAAGAAAAAAAAAGGAGGUAAUAAGUGGUGA